UAUUUCUCAACAUUGCCUAAGAGUGACAGACGCGUGAUCGAUCAGCCUCACGUUUAUAAGUUCUAGAUCGAAUGGAAGCGACUUCGUUGUGUAGAGUAUUAUCUAUUCAAAGUCACGUAGUGUCAGGCUAUGUAGGAAACGAUUCUGCCACAUUUCCUCUUCAGGUUCUUGGAUUUGAUGUUGACACAAUCAAUUCAGUCCAGCUUUCUAACCACACAGGAUAUGACCAUGUAAAAGGUCAAGUUCUGGAUGCUAAUGAACUCAAAGUCUUAUUUGAAGGUCUCAAACUGAACAAAUUACAUCAUUUCUCUCACCUUCUGACAGGUUAUGUAGGUUCAAAAUCAUUUUUGGAGGAGGUACUUCAAGUUGUCCAUGAUCUACGACAAGCAAAUCCUAACCUAGUGUUUGUUUGUGAUCCUGUCAUGGGCGAUGCAGGGAAAUUUUAUGUUCCUGAAGAGUUGUUACCAGUCUACAGAGACCAGCUCCUUCCAUUAGCAGAUAUUAUAACUCCAAAUCAGUUUGAAGCAGAACUUCUGACUGGCAUGAAGAUAACCAAUGAAAGCGAAGCCUUUAAGGCUAUGAAGAUACUACAUGAAAGAGGUACCAAGACUGUGGUAAUUACUAGCUCAGAACUGGGAGAUAACAAAACACUAAUAGCUCUUGGCAGCUCUGUUAAUGGCAACAAAAAGUGCAUUAGGAUGGAAAUUCCUAAAGUAGAUGCCAUCUUCACUGGAACGGGAGAUUUGUUUGCUAGUGUCCUUCUUGCCUGGCUUCAUAGACAUCCAGAUGAUUUAGCACAUGCCUGUGAGGCAACUGUAUCAACAGUUCAAGCAGUGCUGAAACGAACGCUAGCUCAUGCACAGCGACUGGCUGGAGAAGGAAACAAACCUACAGCUGGACAAAUUGAGCUACGGCUUGUUCAAAGUCUUGAUGACAUUAGGAAUCCAAACAUAACAUUCAAAGCUCAAAUAGUUUGAGACUGACCAUUUUUCUUUCUUUUUUAAGUAGAAACAAGUUACUGAGAGAUUAGUUUUCCCUAAAGUAAAUUAUUGUAAUAAAUUGACCAAUGUAGAGCAAAAUGUGCUGUAGAAUUCAAGAUAUAUUCCACAUUAUACUGUGUGAUAAAAUUUAGGAUGUCUCCGUUUUUAAGGGUUAGAUGCAAAUUCAAAUUUCUUGCUCUUGGGAGUGGAAAAUUUUUCUAUCCCCCAACCUGAUACCUAUUAUAAAUUUCUUGCCAUGGCCUUUAUGAUUGAGGGAUGGGGCUGAAUAAAGAAAUUACAAGCCUGUCCACUGAUUUGAAAUUUGUUGUGAGGUAUAAACGUUCUUAAAGGGAUGUCAGAGUGAAAGAAACAACUCUUAAUUUUUAAAUGUUAUGCCAUAUGGAAAAAAACAUGCAUGGUUCAAACUACCUUGGUUUAUUGUGCUGUAACUCGUAAGACUUCUGUACACACAACAUGCUCCCUCACCUAUGCCCUUGCCUGCUACUGACUAGCAUACAACAAUAACUUUCUCAAUUUUUGCUUUUUUUAUGAAAACCACUAUUUAUCCUGAAGAUAUGUACAUGAAUAAAACCUUAUUAAAUAUA